AUGUUGUUUUUCAGCAGAGGGAAAGGGAUCAUUCCUCGAAGCCGCUGGAGAAGGAGUGCACUUGUCUUCGCCGCCGCCGCACUCCUCACGUUCAUCAUCAAUCUAUCCUUUGUUAUCUGGGCCACGACACACUCGAGCGAUGAUCCGAGCGGAGUCGUACGCCCUGGUAUUGGCAUUAUUGCAAGCGGGGAGUGUCAGAGAAUCAAAAGUUGGAAUACAGGCGCCCACGUGGCAAUCAACAUCAUCAGUACGGUCUUACUAGCUGGAAGCAACUACUGUAUGCAAUGCUUAAUUGCGCCGACACGGAAGGAAAUUGAUGCCGCACAUGCCGAAAAUGAUUGGCUCGAUGUUGGCAUUCCAAGUAUCCGGAACUUUUGGAGGAUUGCUUGGAAGAGAAAGAUUGUCUGGAGUCUCCUGGCAAUGUCCUCCUUCCCAUUACAUCUGCUUUUCAACUCAGUUGUUUUCACCUCAACUUCAACGAAUCUAUACAACGUUUACGCGAUCAGUGUGAAGAACUUCGAUGAAGACGACAUGUCUUUAGCUCCUGGCUUCCUACCGUCCCAUCUAUAUCCGAAAAUAUAUACAGACACCACGCAAUUUGUUUAUUUAGACACCCGAAAAUGCCUCGAUGAAUACGGAACUGCGUUCCAGUCUUCGCGUGGUGAUCUAGUCGUCGUGGUAGACAACGGAACGGCUUUCCAUGGUGUAGCCCGUCUCGGACUUGACUAUGGUGAAGUAGAGCAUCCAUUUGACUGGAUCUGUGGAGAUUCACAACGUCAGUCGACUCGACCUUCCUGCGAUGAGAAACUCUCGAAGAUCAAGAGCGAUGCCACCUGGACUGUGGGAACCAAUAAAGUAGUAAAAGGCUGCUACAGUGAGAAAACAGAUGAGCAUUGCAAGUUACUUUUCAGCAGCGUACUAUGCUGGACUGUAACUGCCCUUAAUGUGAUCAAGGGCCUCUUGAUGCUUUUUGUAGCAUAUGGAAACACCGAAAGGCCCGUCUUAACCAUAGGUGAUGCUAUAGUGUCUUUUUUGAAGGAUGGAGAUGGACACACGAAGGCUAUGGCCCUUUCAACGAAGUCAAGCCUAAGGAAGUUAGGCUGGAGCUGCGAUCCGCAAGAAUUUCACUCGACGCGACGACGUAAAUUCGCUGCGGGAAGCCUCUUGCGAUGGAUGACCACGAUAGCUUUAUGGUUCUUGGCCAUCCUCGUCUGCACAUCGCUGCUAAUCAUAGGAUUGCGUGCCAACGAAUAUCAAGUCGGCGAUUCGGACAUAAAAAAAUACGGCCUCGGGAAAGCCCACGGUGACACAAUUCUGGACAUCGGCACGCUAAGCUACCAAUCCGAAACCCUCAUUACCAACGUAUUAGUUGCCAAUACCCCACAAGUCAUCAUGUCAAUGAUCUAUUUCAGCUACAACGCCAUCUUCACAAGUUUAUCUCUCAUCACUGAGUGGGAUCGGCUUGGAACAGAAUUGAAAGGUCUGAGGGUUUCUUCCCAUUGCCAAGGAGACCAGCGACAGACAUAUUUCCUCCAACUCCCCUACCGGUACUCUCUUCCGCUCACUAUAUUUUCUGGCGGCCUACACUGGCUUAUUUCCCAGAGUAUUUUUCUGGUGAAUAUUGAAACGUGGCCUCCUGGAAGGACAUCCUACGGUAACAUCAUGUCCUGUGGGUGGUCACCAAUCGGCAUUAUAUGCGUUAUUGUGGCAGGCACGAUUAUGGUUGUCUUUCUUCUUGCGUCGGGGUUUCGUCGUUUGCGCUACGGGGUAAUACCAGUGGCGGGCAGUUGCAGUGCUGCAAUCUCCGCGGCCUGCCACCCGGCGCUGAAUGAGGAGCCAGAGAUGUGGACAAAGUCAUUGCGUUGGGGUGUGGUGUCUAAGGGCAGCUCUGAGGCUGGCUCUGAGCUGCCACAUUGCUCUUUCUCAAGUAGAAAGAUCGGCGCCCCCAUUGAGGGGGAAAGAUACAGAUGA